UCACCUGGAAGCUGUUGGUUUCCAUCCAGGGAUCAGCCCGCUGUUCCUACACAGCUCGAGGAAGUUCUCCCACUGACGACACCUUUUCUCUCUCUGUGUUUCUGUGACUUUUACAACAACACUUCAUUUUUUAACAACAGUUUUUUAUUUUAUUUUUUGUUUUGAGCCGUAACAUCGUAGCGACACCAUGACUUCCAUGCCAGGACAGCCGGUGACUGCUGUUGUGCAACGUAUUGAGAUCCAAAAGUUGCGGCAGGCAGAUAAUCUGAUCCUGGGCUUCAGCAUCGGAGGAGGGAUAGACCAGGACCCUGGACAAAACCCCUUCUCUAAGGACAAGACUGACAAAGGCAUCUACGUGACCAGGAUAACACCAGAAGGACCAGCACAUGAGGCAGGCUUGAGGAUGGGAGACAAAAUACUGCAGGUGAACGGUUGGGAUAUGACUAUGAUGACCCACGACCAGGCUCGUAAAAGACUAACAAAGAAGAAUGAGGAUGUGGUGCGGCUACUGGUAACCAGGAAGUCGUUGGAGGAAGCUGUCAAACAGUCAAUGGGCAGUGGUCCCAGACAGGAACACUGUGGCACUCCUUCUAACCAUAAACUAAUGCAUUAGCCAAAGUCUGAACACUCUCAUAUACUGAGACUCCCACAAAUUGAGAUAAUAGUGGCCUUAAUAACUAUGUCAAUGCAAAAAUAUUACACAGACCACAACGUCUUCACAAGUCAAUUCUUACUCAUUCUGAUCAGUCAUUGGACCAUACGCACUGAAACUCAUCUCAAAGUUAUCUGCUUAACUUUGUACACAUCUUUGUAGCAUAUCCACGUGCAACUUGUGAAAUAUGUGGCAAUCCAAAAACAAACUCUCAAAUUAAAUUAAGAAUCCACUGUGAGAAUAUGAUAAUUUUAAGUCUUUGGAUCAACUUUUGGCAUCCAGUUGCGCUCCAAAAGUCACAUUUAUCCAUUUAGACUAAAUUAGAGAAACAAUUACAUUUAUAAAUGUUGCUGUAUGAAAAAUAAUGUUAUAAGUUAUGAACAGUUUAUGUUGAUAUUCACAAUAAUUAGUAUAAUUACUUUGUCCUUGUUUGGAUUUUUGAAAAACGGUGGGCUGAAAUUAGUUUUUGGAAGACCUUUCAAUAGUGCUUAUAUAUCUCUCUACAUUAAUUAAAAUUAUCAUAGCACAGCAUUCUUGAUUAAUUUCACCAGGAAAUAUUUACCAAAUGUCCUCAAUCCAUGUAAAACAUAUUUGAUCAUUUUUUGCCUACAGCUGACCAAAGUUACAUACAUACAUACAUACAUACAUACACACAUACAUACAUCAAGAAUGUGCAUUGCUGUUGUUUUUCUAUGUCAUUAAUGAUCAAUAUUUCAUCUCAUUUAAAUAAAAGAAAAAACAACAGCAAUGUGCUGUCAGUCCUGUCAAGAUUACAGCACCAAAUGCCAAAGUAAGAGCCAAGUCACUGUGAAGAGAUCAAAACAUGUAUAACAGUGUUUGUAAUCUUUUGUUUUUUUCCUAUAAUGGUACAGUAUACUGUACAAAGUCUGUACAACAAACCAUAUUCCUUUAUGUUUAGUGUCUUUUCACUAAUUAUUCUUUUACUGAUUAAUCUCUCUGUCUUCUAUUUAUCUUGUUUUGUGACGACGUCUAUUACAUGUGUGGGAAAGUAACUCUCUUUCUGUGUCUGCGUAACAAAAUGUACACGUUCUUCCAAGUUAGACUAAUUAUGUCUCAUACAAACAGUAUUCCACUAGCUCGGCCUUCCUUUGGAUAAAUAUCUCAUCAUUUAUCAGUAUAGUUUCCUUUUGUCAGGUUCAGCGAUGGAAAGUUGGUCUGUUUUGAUGCAAACAACCCCAGCAGUGUCACACUGGAAUCAUUCAGAUUGUCUCAACCCAUAAAAUGUUUUGAAGUUGUUAAUUGUCACUGACCAAAUGUUGAAACUGUAAACCUGAACCAAACAGGAGUGAAUGUGAGCAGCAGCCUUAAAUGAAAAGUUAAUACCACUAAUUCAUGAUUUGUUCCAAUUGUGCCAUUCCACUAUGGUUUCUGCAAGACAAUGAUUUACUGCCUCUGAUACAGUACCUAGUGGAUAACAUUGCAAAUGAGUGAUUUAGUACUAAUCAUAAACAAUACUUUGAAAUGCUAUAGUACUGAUAUGAUUGACAAUAUUAAUCUUAUAUCUUUGGGUGAUCUUUUUUUUUCAUCUUAGUGGUAUAUGUAAUAUGUCUUGUAUGUGUUUGUAUAUUAUUAACAUCCAACCUAAUAAGCAAGUGUGUAAAAUGUUAAGUUUUCAUUCCAAAAUUAAAUAUCCAAUGUAAAAACACAGCUGAAGAUACAAUAAUAAUGCAAUAGAAAGUCAGCAUUAUGUUGCUGUAGCAAUAAACUCAUGUUAAAGGUACAGUCUGACUAAAGUAAGUCUCAUAAUGUAUUCUAAGGAAUCAAAAAGUAUAUAUAUAUAUAUAUAUAUAUAUAUAUAUAUAUAUAUAACAAUUUUGGAAUGAAACCUUUUGAUGCUUUACAGCAGUGGUUCCAACCUUUUUGGCUUGUGAGCCUUAAAAUGAAGCCAUACUGUGACCCCUCAUCACUGAUUAUGGCCUUAGUGCUGACACAAAUUAUUAACCGUUCAGUCAAAGUGUUUUUUUGCCUCUUGAAUCUUUUCAUUCAAAUGAUUUUUAGAGGUAAACGUAUCUAGUAUUUUGAUAGAAAAGGUAAAACAAUUGAGUAAAGCCAGAGCAGGGAUUUCCAGCACAACUUCACCUACUUCCAAGAUUCAAGGAGAAGGGGAAAAGUUUUGACCUUUUCAGAAAAGCCAAAACAAACAUGUUUAUACAUAAUUGUUUUUUUUUUUUCAUAUUCCUUUUAUCAUCUUAGGACCCUCAGGGGUUGGAAACCACUGCUUCACAUCAUUUAGAGUGAGUGUAAGACAAAUGACUUGUGUUUUCUAUUUGAAUUGUCUGCUCCAGAUUUUGUAAAUGUAAACUUCCAGCAGAGCACAAACCUUUGCCUUUGACUGUAUUCAGUUUACUAAGUGAAUGUUUCUCAGAUAUAAAAGGACUGAAAAUGAAA